AGGAAGGUGUGAACACUGAGCACUACAUCUUCAGUUUCUUACCAGAAGCAAAGACAGCCAUCCCUGAGUCUCCACACGCAAAAUCCACAUGUUUUUAUAGAAAGACAAAUAACCAAAAUACAAAUCCUUUCCAUCUCCAAACUCAAAAGCUUCAUACACACACACACAAAAAACAUACAAAGAACUCGUGUAGAUAGAGAAUCUACAAAAAAGAAGAAGAAAGAAAGCAGAAAUCUUUGCAAUCUUCAAAGAGAAAGGAAAGUUUUUUUUUUCUUUUUUUGUGAAAAUGAAGCUAUCAUCAAAAUCCAUAUCGAGUCCGGGUCGGGCUGAGAAGUAUCCGCCACCAUUGAUGCGGUUUUUGAGAAGCAAUGUUGGGAGCAGAAGCAGGGGAAGGUCACGUACAAGCCCAAUGUUUGUUAGAAGAAAGAACACCGCCAUUGAAACCCAAGAGCCUUCUUCGCCAAAAGUCACUUGCAUGGGUCAGGUUCGUGUCAAACGCUCCAAACAAAGUGGUUCAAAACCCGGUCGAUCCGGAGCCCUGAGCCGUCGCCAUAGCCGCUGUAAAUGGAUGAGAAAUGCUCUGUUUUGUCAUCAUUUAUCUGAGAAAGUCAAGGCCAAGCCUUUUUGUAGACCUGCUUGGAAGAAAUGGGGUUGGUUUUUCCAUAUGGGGUCUUGUAGUAGAAAACCCAAAACUAGAGAAGAUUCAUCGAGAUUUGGGAACAAAAUCGAAGAUUGUGUGAAGGAAAAUGAGGAAGAAGAAAGUGAAGAAAAUGAAAAGGAUUCUAAGAUUUUUGUAUCUUCUUCCUGUUCAUCACCACCCAAAAAUGCUUUGAUUUUAACACGUUGUCGAUCUGCUCCGUAUAGAUCUUCUUCUUUAGCUUGUAGAUUUUGGGGUUCACCUUUAGCUAACCAAGACUCAAAAGAAAAGGAAACAGAGCUAGAAAACGGAGGAUUUAAAGAAGAAAAAGAGAAUCCCACAUCAGAAAAGCAGUCCAUUUGUAGAAAUUCGGAUUACGUAUCCCAAACGGAUUCAGAAACUGAAGAAAAGCCGGGUUGUUGCAAGGAAUUUGAAGAGAAAAUCAUAGAAAAAUUCGAAAACAAUGACGAGUUGAAAACGGGGCAAUUUGGGAAUGUACGGCCUCUAAUUCUCACUAGAUGUAAAUCAGAACCGGCAAGAACAGCUGAAAGACUAGAUCCUGAGAUGAGUUUCCGGAAGAAGGGAAGGUUGGGUUUCACGUGAUUCAUUUAAUUUCUAUCUUUCUUUCUUUUUUUUAAACUAAUUUUCUGAAUAUUUUUGGUUAUUUUAGGAAGAAGCUGUAAUUUAUUUUCACUUGAAUGACUUCGUUAUAUCAACAUCUAGAGCUGUAAGAGAGAAUCUCUAUGGCUCUUAAAAGUACACUGGAAAAUGAAAUCAAUGGUAAAUUUUGUUUGUGUUUUAAAAUUUUUCUUCUGAAACAUCGUCAUGGGCUGCUGUCUUUAGAGGUGUUGGCAAAUUUUUUUUUUCUCUUUUGAAAGGAAAAAAGUGUUAUCUGCUUUUGGUUCCAGGCACAGAUAGGGCCUUUCUGAGGGGGUUUUAUGGUUCUUUGAUUAGUUUCAUGGAUCUUUGGAUACCAUAACCAGAUUUUAUAUUUGGUCGAAAGUUUAUGCAGUUUUAUGGACCUGCAAUUUAAUUUUCAUUAUUUUAAUGUUUAUUCUCUUUAAUUAAACAACGAGUUUUUUGUUAAUAGCAAGAAAAAACAGAAAUGAUUGGUUU